AAACGGGUAAAACUAUAGACAUUCAGUACUCGCGCUCGGGGGGGGGGGGGGGGAGGUUCAGGGGAAGCCCUUGGUACCCUUCCCUCGUUGUGGAAAUGUAUACUUUAUAAGUAGUAUUUUUUUUUUGUAAAAUCAUAACCUUACUUUUUACACAGGAAUAUUGACUCAAAGUUAAAUGAAUAAAAGUUAAUGCAAUAUUUAUUGAAAUUCCUAUUAUCCAAUCUAAUAUCCAAUUUAUUGAAACACAUUUCCGACAUCCAAAUACAGUGUAAAAGAUUCAAACUUAACCCUAACAAGCCUUCUAAACUGAAUACAUAAUUAAAAUCAAGUACCGGACGCCUACUUCAUAAUACUAGACCAAAUUGACGUAUUUGUGUUUUGUUAAUACACAAUUUUUAGUGAAAUAUAUUUUUAUCGUAAUUAAUUCAAAAGGCAUUUCCGACAUCCAAAAACAGUGUAAAAGGUUCAAGCUUAACCCUAACAAGUCUCCUAAACUGAAAAUAUAAUUAAAAUCAAGUACCAGACGUCUAUAGCCAACCCAUAAAAGGAAAUACAGAAAGCUUAGAUUGUUAUUUAGAUAAAAAUUAAGAAUAUUAUAUGUUUAAUUUUAAUAUUUUUUAAUUUCCAGCUGUGAAUUAUGGGCAAAGUAUUGCUUUCCAAACAAAGCCUGGUCUUCACCAAAAUUCGAGGAGGAACUCCAUAAAAAACAUAAGAUGCUUUGCAGCAAACAUUUUGAAAGCAUAUGCUUUAAUGAGAAGAAGUUGUUCAGAACAGCUAUACCUGGUGUUCAAUGCUAUAAGGCUACAACAUUUUCUAAUCUGUCAGAUCAACCUGCCAUGUUUGAACCUGUUGCCAGAAUUUAUCCUUUAAGAGAACAUCAUAAUGCAAACAUUAUCACUCCAACAAAUCAUUCAGGAAUGUUUGUGUGCAAUUCUUCAAAACAAGAAGGUGAUCAAAAAAACAAAAUGUUGAUAAGGAAACUGAAAAGUAGCAUGAACAAAGUAUACAGAUUACAAAAAACCAUAAAACAUUUAAAAAAUAACGCAUAUGUAAAUGAAAUUAGUAACAGUGAAACAGUAAAGAAAAUCCUCAAUAAAAAAUGAGUUCAUCAUUUACCUUGUUACUGCAAGGAGAACUGCAGAAUUAUAAGAGAAAGAAACCUGGUCGCAGGUGGAACAUGGAAGCUAAAAUAAUAGCACUGAGGCUCUACAUAGGUCACCAACAUGCUACAAGUUAUUGAGGAGAAUGAUUUGCUUACCAGCACCCAGCACAUUAAAAUCCCUCUUAAGUAGAUUUAAGAUGAAUGUGGGGACACACAAAGCAACACUUACAGUGUUGAAAAGCAUGACAAAAAACUUUGAGCCAUCUAAACGAGAGUACAUAUUGUUGUGGGAUGAAAUGUCCUUAAGAAAAAAUUUAUGGUACAACUCGAAGGUGGAUCAUAUUGAGGGUUUCCAAGACCAUGGUACACAAGGUAGAUCUCCACAGGCAGCUUCAUAUGCCCUUGUAUUUAUGGUAGUUGGAGUUAGGAAGAAAAUUAAGCAGCCAGUGGCUUAUUAUUUAUCAAGUGGGUUUGUCACAGACUACCUGACACUGACAGACUAUCUGCUUUGAUUAAGGAGGUCUUAAAUUGUUGCUUUAAUGCUGGACUUAAUAUAUGCGCUUCAGUCUGUGACUUGAAUGGAGUUAACAAGAGAGCUCUAUGUCUGUUAGGAGCUUCUGUAGAGAAUCCCUACAUAGAAGUGAACAAUCACAAAGUUGUCACACUAUUUGAUACGCCACACUUGCUGAAGUACUUCAGAAAUCUCUUUAUGAAAUAUGAUGUAAAGUUUAGGACCAAUAUAACAUCAGACAACAAACAAGGAAUUGGAAUCACUAAAUGGAGCCACAUCAGGCAAUUCUAUGAAUUGGACAAUAAUAAUCCUAGUUUUGUGUAUGCACCAUGCUUGACUAAAGAACACCUUGACCCCAAUACCAAGCAAAAAAUGAGGGUAAAACUUGCAGCACAAGUUUUAAGCCACUCAGUUGCAGCAGGAAUAUAUUCCAAAAUAGCUAAAGGAGACAUGCCGACUGAAGCAGUGGCAACAGCUAAUGUAAUAAAAAAUAUGGAUGAACUGUUUGAUGGUGUAAACGCGUCGAAACCAGAUUUAAGAAGAGGAAAAAAAUUUUCCACAAACAAAAAACUCAACAGAACAUCUGCAAAUGUUCAAUAGAAUGAAAUUAUUUUUUAAAACCUGAAUUUUUGGGUUGCAGGGGAAAUCCCCCAUCAAAAGAUGGGUGGAUUUGGACCCUGAAUGGCAUAGAAAUGAUUUGGAAAAUCCUUAGUGCCAAAUAUAAAAUAAUUAAAACUCUGUCUACAAGAAGAUUCCAGCAGGACCCACUGGAAAAUUUAUUUGGUUGCAUACGCUACAACUGUGGGUCCAAUAGCAACCCAACAGUUAGACAAUUUGUUGCUGGGUUAAAAACUGCUGUAAUAAGUAACAUGGCACACACUAGCUCAGGCAAUUGUGAGCUGGAUAGCAACAGUGCCAUUAUAACUAAUUUUAAAACAUUGCUGACACCAGCCACAGACAUAUGCACUGAUAUAGAGCAAUCCGAACAUGUAUAUCAAAUAAAAAAAGAAAUUGAAGAAAGUAUAACUUCCUCUCUGGAAGAAAACUUGGAGGAAGGAAGUAGCGAACUACAAGCAUGUGCUUAUGUCUGUGGCUUCAUUAUUAAAAAAAAUAAAAUCAGUUGUAAUAAUUGUACAAAAAUUCUAGUCUCUGAAACGCCCGAAGGAGUACAUAAUUUUGUAGAGUUCAAAAAUUAUGAUAAUGUAAAAAAGUCUCUUACAUAUGCCUCAAAGAAUUUAAUAGCUUGUGUAGAGAAAAGUGCAAGCAUAAUAAAUAUAUUUUUAGAAAAAGAGGCAUAUGAAGAGAAUAUUAAAAUGAGAGUAACACAAUUGUUAAAGGACUAUAAAUUAUGACUUCCUCGAAAAUUGCGUGGAGCACAAACAAUUAAAUAUAACUUACAUAGUUAAUAGUGUCUUCCACAUUACAAUUAAGAGAUACUAUAUUAUAAAAAACAGAAUGUAUUCUGAAGAGGCGAGUAAAUCUGCACUAAAAAGAAAAAUGAACAUAAUUAUGCAUAAAUAAAUCUACAACUAGCACCUUUGCCAACAAAUUCAACAGCCUGAAUUUUAGAUUUUCACGCAAGAUGAUUAUACAACACCAAUUUCUUUAUUUGUAUUAAAUAAUCUAAAAAUUCAAUCUUCAAAAACACCAGAUUCUCAUACAAACUUUCAAUCCUUAUUUCACAUGUUGGAGUUUAAGUUUUCAAAGUCGCUCAAAAACGUGUUUCAUUGUUGUCCAAAUACCAAUACUCAUUGAUUUUACUUAAUAAAGGACGGACUUUCAUGCAAACUUCUGUUCUAUCCACUAUAUGGAUAGAUUUUCAAAAAAAAAUUUCUUAGUGCAUGUCUUCGUCACAAAAGGAACCUGUUCUGGGUUGAUGUGCAGUUAGUUAGGACAAGUAAUUAUAUAUGAGUAGAUUAUGUUCAUUUUUCUUUUUAGUGCAGAUUUACCCGCACUGGACUCGCGUGGUAGUUUACAGCCCACUCCCUCUCACACAGAGGAGGUCUGUGUUCUAGCAGUGGGAACAUCAUAGGCUGAUUAUGCUUUAUUUAUUACUUUACAACUUGUUUUAUUAAUGGACGAUAGUGUAGCUAUAUUGUCAGAUCUGUCUGCCUUCAACCAAAAUAAUAAUUAUCUCUCUUCCUAACCAUUUCUUUAUUUAUUUCAUUAAACUUAAAUAAUAUGAUACAUGUCUGUAAAGUGUAAACUUGUGUUUGACUUUGUCUAGGUUUUGGUGGCCAUACUUGUAAUUAUGUUCGAAGAUGCUUGCUGUAUUUUCAAAUUGUAUGUAUAAUCUCAUUUUUAGAAUAUUAUGUUUAAUUUGUGUUUUAAAUUAGCUGAUUAACUAUCAUUACAUAUACAUACUUGUGAACACCUUUUGUCCCAAAUGAAUAUAUAAUUCAAAAACACAUUUAUUCAUGUAAAAUUAGUCAUAGUUUCCAAAUGAAUGUCUGAUAAAUUAUGAUUAAUAUCAUGCU